AUGGGUAUUUACCUGGCUGCGUUGAUACUUUUAUCCUUCCUUUUAUGGAUAAAAUCAAUUUUUCAUCGACACCGGCUGACAUUGUUGAAGUCGUUGAAACGAGUAACGAACAUGACGUCAGAGACUGACGGCGCUGACGUCACAGCCCUGCUCGUAACGGCUCAUCCGGAUGAUGAGUGCAUGUUCUUCGCGCCAACAGUGAUCCGACUGGUGGAGUUAAAGGCCAGAGUUCAUGUGCUGUGUUUAUCUGAAGGAAACUACUACAAUCAAGGAGCUCGACGUAAGCAGGAACUUCUCGACAGCUGUGCCGUGUUGGGGAUACCAGCCUCCAGAGUCACCAUAACAGACCAUAAAAAUCUUCCAGAUGAUCCCAAAGCAGAAUGGAGCGUCUCCUUGGUCUCCUCUGUUAUUGCGAAACACAUAAGAGCUCUCUCUGUCAACAUGGUGCUGACCUUCGAUGGAAGAGGAGUGAGCGGCCAUGCCAAUCACACAGCCAUCUAUAAAGCUGUCAGCCACCUCGCUAUAACUGGACAGAUACCCGACGACUGCUGUUUGCUCUCCUUGGUGACUGUUGGCCUCCUGAGGAAAUACAUCUCCUUCUUGGAGCUUCCCCUCAGCUGGCUGCUGCCCUCCUGUCUCUGCUGCAUUGUUGGCUCAGAGGGCUUCAGGCAAGCCAAAGCCGCCAUGCUUUGUCAUCGCUCUCAACUCCUGUGGUUUCGUUACCUGUACAUCAGCUUAUCGCGCUACAUGUACAUUAACACAUUCCAAUUAAUCCCACAGGGACCAAAGAACCUAAAGAUCUACUGAAAGUUCAUUUCAUCCAGAAGCACUGAUCAUUAGCUACUUGAAUACAGUGGUAGGGGUGAAUUUACCAGCUGUUUACAAAUCUGAUGAGCGGAUUUGCGCACAUUAAAUAAAGACUCCUGUGAUACCUUUUUUAAGCUAAAGUUGCCUGAAUAUGUUAAGCACUUUCCAUAAUGAUGAUUUGAAACCAUAUUUGACAAUAUUAGUAACUUCUGAUGCCUUUUUCGCAACAGAAACAUCUUUACUGUUUUGAGUCAUAGCAC